CGUAGGAAGUCUGGCUUCGCAUCGCAGUCAGUAGAGCGCGCGCACGAGCGCCUCAGUCGGACUGUUUACGCAUUGGCUGGCAGGCGCGAGGAAAAAUAAUUAUGCGCGUGCGCAUUCCUAGUACUACAAUUUAAACCAAAACAACCUUCCAUGAAUAUAUGAACCAUGAUAUUUGCACUCAGAAAGUAUCAUGAGUGAUAUAUCGUGAACAUGAACCCGCGUGUUGUUUGUUUACUUUUACUUUAGGCAAAAGCUUUUGCUCGCAAAGUAAUAAUUAUUAUGAAUGUCCCCUGCAGUGACAUGUGAAGAUUGCGAUAAAAACGCGGACUGUAUAGAGGGACAGUGUGUGUGUAAGAGUGGCUAUACAGGAGAUGGAUUAUCAUGUGAAGGAGCACCACCUCAGCGUAAUUUGUCCGUCUUAAUGAGCUGUAAUACUUCUCUUGACGACGGUAGACCUAUUUCGAUCAAUUGGACGGGUGGUGAUAGAGAGGUAGGGGUGGUAUAUCCUGGAGAAGAAUUGGUGCUGGUUGAAUUAACUUCUCCAAGUGGGACCGUGGAGCAAGUGUGCAGUGAUGUGAAUGGAUGUAGUUCUGAAAUCUCUGAAAGUGGCAACUACACAGUUUCACUGACUAUCACUAAUAUGAUAGGAUCAUUCAUGGCUGUGACAACCUUUAGUUCUGAAAUUCUGUUUUCUGACGAAACCCUAAACUCUUUACCCUCAAGUGUUAACAUAACUGUGAAUCCUGUCUGUGCCACUGAUGGCAGAGUUUUUGAAAUCACAGUUAGAUUUGGAGUAACAACAACAGAUACUGGGGGUAGCUGUUUAUAUAAGGGUGCCAGUCAGACUGCAAAUUCUUCAUAUAUAUUUUCCCCUGAUUUUACUCCGGCAAAUGGAGAGAGUUUCUGCUACAUGGCUAACCUUACCAUUGAUGGGACAACUGUUGCUAGUCUCAAUGGCUCUGGUGACAUAACUCCUACUGAAUCACCUACUCCUGACUCUAACCGACCGGAUGUUGGUGUCAUUAUCGGCAGUGUGGUUUGCGUCAUC